CAGCCUCUGCCUUGAGUUGCUUCCUCGCUUCACGCUCGAUUUCCAGCCAUUCUUCCCUUAUUAAGUAUUCGUGUAAUAUUAACAGUCAUGAAUAUCUGCUAUUAGGACUCUCGAGGAAAGCGAGCCGCAGAUCUCUCCCUCCCUCCGUCCUUCUCUCUCUCUCUCUCUCUCUCUCUCUCUCUCUCUCUCUCUUAUUAGGAGCUCACGUGAAGCAGUCGGAGAGGGAGGGGGGAGAGAGAGGUGUGUGGGGGCAACACACCACACACGGAUUAAGGAACACACACACACACGCACACAACUUUGCACCGCAAUAGCACCGCCGGAUCCGGCUCUCCCUCGCCUCUUUUCGCCGCUGCACAUCGCCGGGCGUUUUGGUCAAGUUCUGAUGGAUUUGAGUCGCGCCGCGUCCCCAGUGCUGCUCGCGGACCAGCCUGGGCGUUGGGCACUUGGUGUAGUCACAGUCUAGACCUGGGCUUCUCCUCCUUUUGUGCGUGUGUGUGAGUGUGUGAGAGGAGAGGGAUAGAGAGAGAGCGCUGCUCGCGUGCGGGAGAGGCAGAGAGGAAGAGACGCAGGCAGCGCGAGAGAGCCAGAGAGCCAGAGCUAAAAAGAGCCGACUUUUCUCUGCCUUUUUGUUUUUCUCCUGUGCCCUGACUUGGUCCCCCCGAAUCCGCGCAGAUGUUAGUUCACAGUUUCUCAGCGAUGGACCGUCACGAUGGCACCAGCAACGGGACAGCCCGCCUACCCCAGUUGGGGAGCGUGGGCCAGUCGCCCUACACCAGCGCCCCACCGCUCUCCCACACCCCCAACGCUGACUUCCAGCCCCCCUACUUCCCGCCGCCGUACCAGCCCAUCUACCCUCAGUCCCAAGACCCCUAUUCCCACGUUAACGACCCCUAUAGCUUGAACCCUCUUCACGCCCAGCCCCAACCCCAACACCCAGGCUGGCCGGGACAGAGACAGAACCAGGAAACGGGGCUUUUGCACACGCACCGAGGACUUCCGCACCAGCUCUCCGGCUUGGAUCCGCGAAGGGAUUACCGGCGGCAUGAAGAUCUAUUGCACGGACCUCACGGCUUGAGCUCAGGACUAGGAGACAUCCCCAUUCAUUCGAUACCUCACUCUUUAGAAGACGUAUCGCACGUAGAGGACCCGGGUAUUAACAUCCCAGAUCAAACUGUAAUUAAGAAAGGCCCCGUGUCCCUGUCCAAGUCUAACGCCAACGCCGUCUCCUCCAUCCCCAUCAACAAGGACACGCUCUUCGGCGGCGUGGUGAACCCCAACGAAGUCUUCUGCUCGGUGCCCGGGCGCCUGUCCCUCCUCAGCUCCACUUCCAAGUACAAGGUCACGGUGGCGGAAGUGCAGAGGCGCCUGUCCCCGCCGGAGUGCCUCAACGCGUCUCUGCUGGGCGGAGUGCUUCGGAGGGCGAAAUCAAAAAAUGGAGGGAGAUCUUUGAGAGAAAAACUGGACAAAAUAGGAUUAAAUUUGCCAGCCGGGAGACGUAAGGCUGCUAAUGUUACCCUGCUGACAUCACUAGUGGAAGGAGAAGCUGUUCAUCUAGCAAGAGAUUUUGGUUAUGUCUGUGAAACAGAAUUUCCUGCCAAAGCAGUAGCUGAAUUUCUCAACCGACAACAUUCCGAUCCAAAUGAGCAAGUCACAAGAAAAAACAUGCUUUUAGCUACAAAACAGAUCUGCAAGGAGUUCACCGACCUGCUGGCUCAGGACCGAUCUCCUCUGGGGAACUCUCGGCCCACCCCCAUCCUGGAGCCGGGCAUCCAGAGCUGCUUGACCCAUUUCAACCUCAUCUCGCACGGCUUCGGCAGCCCUGCUGUGUGCGCUGCAGUCACUGCCCUGCAGAACUAUCUCACCGAGGCGCUCAAGGCCAUGGACAAAAUGUACCUCAGCAACAAUCCGAACAGCCACACAGACAACAGCACCAAAAGCGGCGACAAAGAGGAGAAGCACAGAAAAUGAGGAUUUUUUGCUUCUCCAACCCCCUGCCCAACCAGCCAGCCUGGCUCUCUCUGCAUUUUCCUUUCAGUCUCUCCCUCCUUCCCUCAUCAGCCCCAAGGCUACAGCAACAGAAGCCCAGAGAUCCUUCUACUUCUAGUAUGACUGGAAACCCACGGCCCCCACCCCCAAUCUCCUCCCUCCCUUUCUCCCAGUUCAUUCUCAGUUGCUGCCCGGUCUGGAGCCUAGGAAGAUGAACAAGGCGAUGGAGCCAGCCUAGGAUUUUUAUUUUUUAUUUCUGGUCGACUCAGUUUGUGUGGACUUUUCAUUUUUUUUAAAAAAAAGCAAAAACAAACAAAAACGAUGAAAAAUUCAAAAAACAAACAGAACUUUUUUUUCUAAAAAAAAGAGACAACGUGUGAGUGAGUGAGUGAGAGAGAGAACUAAAAUAAACAAUUAAUAAACAAUUAAGUAAAUGUGGAGAAAACAAAUGAGUUUCAUCGGACUGAAUCACCAUCUUCCCUUACAUAAACUUCCGUUUAAGAUUGUAGCCAUAUUUAAGAGAGAGAGAGAGACAAAAAGGAUGAUGAUGACAUUUUAUCAGUAUUGUGAAUAAACUUGAACACAAACCACAUGCAGUUCCAUGUCAUGUCUUCAGUUGUAGAACUUUUCUCCUGCCCAAGGUAAAGCGACCAAUUUGAACUUUCUUAUGGUAACACCAACCCACAGUUGUUCUAUAAGGGGAUCAGUGUUCAUGUAUGUAUAUAUUUAUUUAUGUGUAAUUUAAUGGGAAUUGUAAAUAUGGUGAAUCUGUUUGAAACUUUUUUUUAUUUAUCUGGUGAUCUCGUUUGCCUCUUGUUUAGUGGGUUUUUAAAUCUUUCCCCCUCCUUAGUUCCAUCACUGUGGUUCAUGGUUACUUAUUUAGAAAUAAAAAAGGGGGGGAGCUUUUUUGGAGGGAGGGGGUGGUAUUUUUCUGGGAUUCAUCACUUCAGCCCUGUUGUAGCAUGUUUUUUUAAAAAGGAAACAAUAAAGCAGCUAAACAAAUAAAAUAAUCUGGAUUUUUAAAAAAAUAUUAUUAGUACGACCUUUAGUUUCUAAUGGAUAAAAGUGGAAAAGGACCCCCUUCCACCACCUGAAAUGAUGUUCAAUUUCCUUCAGGACUGAUUUUUUUCAAGUAUUAGUAGUUUCUAACAACCCCUUAUGUGUUGUGGCUUAAAAAGAAGGGGGGGGGAAUAAACAAAAAGUUUAUAUCCCAUGUUCUUCUACUGAAAGCAUCAUCAGAGCAAUAAAUUGAUAUUGUCUAUUCAGAUAAAAGAUUUAGGGAUCUUCUCCGCCACCCCACCCACUUCAUUUUGAGUUGUUUUUUUGAUUCAAAGAACUUCCAUACAUUUGGGACCACCUGGUAUCCUCUAUUUCCACCAGCCAUAUUGGAAGCAGUUAUAGUUGUAUUGUAUUGAGUUGUGCUGGCAGUAGUUUCCAUGCCUGUCAAUGUAUCAUAGUCCUUUGUUGCCCAGAUAAAUAAAUAUUUGAUACGCUUUAUGUCGAUUUUUUUUAUUCAGUGGCUGUCUUUACCCAGGCGUAUUUUUGUUCUUGGCAGUAUUUUUUAUUCAGUAUGGUUACAGUAAUUGAGUUUAACUCUCCCUUGACAAUUGCUCCUUGCAAUAAGCAGCUGAACCCAUUGUUUCCCUCAAGUAUAAUAAAAACUUACUUUCAAGUUGGAGUUCAGAGCAGGGUAUCAUUUAGAUAUUCCACCGAGUCUGUAUUCAGACAAAUUACACAAUAAAACACAAUGUACUCUUUUGGAUAAAAAAAAUGUACUGUUAAAGAAAUGGCAUACUUUUCUUUAACUGAAAGGUACUUUUAUUUUUUAAAAAAUAAAGUUUUAUUUUAUUUAUUUGAUCUUUAGGUUUUUAUUCCUGCUUCAUAAUUAAGGAUCAGUAUUACUUAUCAUAAAUGUCCAACAUAAUCUUAAUGUGCAUUGCCUUUUAAUCUCUAUUAGCCAUUUGGGGAGGAAGGGGAAAGCAUAUACCUGCUUAAGGAUGACUGAAAGUGUACACAUGCAAAUGCUUGAACACAACUUUUAAAUAACCGAUUUAAUGUGUGUCUAUAGUAUGGUAUAAAGGUAUACUGAAGCAAUACUUUAUUGUUCAUAUUUGAUAAUAAUUGUGUUUCAGUUUAUAUCUAUCUAUCUGAUGUACAUAUUUGUUCAUAUAUUUCAGCAUAUUUUUUCACUGUUUUGGAUGAGGGAAGAUGUGAAAAGUGUGGCGUCCCAGUAAUAAAUGUUCUAAUUAUCAGUGCAAAGUAAAUAUUGGAUAUAGAAUAUUCUCAUAUUGUGCAGAUCUCAGCUCCACUAAGAAUAGGUAUUCAGUGGAAACAGAUACUUGCUUGCUUUUAACCAACUUAAAUGGUCUCAGAAUGUAGGCUUGUGGGGGGAAAACACAGUUAGGCUCAUUGUGUCAGCUUCAUUGUGGUGUUUUGUGGUGCACGGUUGUCUAUGCAAAGGUGGCUUUGAUAGAAAAGCAGUGGAGGUGGGGGGCCCCUCCAGGGCUAUCCUUAAGAUGUUAUCCCUGUGGUAACUUUGAAAAAACAACAGCAGCAAAACAAUUUGCUUACAGUGCUUAUUUGGAAUGCUAAACCUGAAGCGUCUGACUGAGCAAAACAUUGUGAAACUUACUCCCAGUGCAAUCUGGUUGGCUCCAUCUUGUAUUUUGUUAAGUACAGUAUUGCAAAAUAGGUGAAUGUGUGAUGGUAUUUAUGAGGCAACUUUGUACUGUGUGUUUUGGAGGCUUUAUAUUUCUCAGGCAGAAUUGAAAGAGGUUAGCAAGCUUGAUACAUGUCUCAGUGUAUCUUCAAAGAGAAUUGGGCCUGGCUGCUUCUGUGAUUUUCCUGUUGGUAGGUGGGUGAGGCCAAAUGCAUAAGAUAAAGCACAAGAUGUUCCAUUCUCCCAGUUUGGUAAUCUCAUUAGGGAAGGCAGUAGAAAACCAGUGUGGUCAAGCAGAGGAGAGCUGGUGAAAUUGAAAUGCUAUUUUUACAGCGACAGACUGUUGGUGAAAUGGUGUGUGUGUGUUUGUGUAUAAGAGAGAGAGAGAGAGAGAGAAGAUCUUCUGCAUGUAAAGAUGGCAUCAUUUUGAAAAUGCUUAUUCAUUUUUCCUCCCCAAGAUACAUUGGUUAACUGUAAAGUGGAUGUAACAAAAUAAUGAGGUGAAUGAACCCUAACUGUACACGCAGCCUUGACAUAAAUGAAAUGCACAGCGUUGUAGCAGGUGAAGUGAAGCAUUGUCUAUCUGGGCUGUUUUUGUUGGCUGCAUCACAGAUUGUGUGGGGGAUCCUAACCUCAGGCACAAUAGCAUUCAUAAACAGCAAUGCACACGCUGCUGCUCUUUCUCCAGCUAUGCAUAAAUACUCAUUUUUAAAUGAGUAAAAACAAUCUUAUUAAAUACCAUUCAUUCAUAUCUGGUUUUACAGAUGCUUGUUACUUUUUUUUUUUUAAGUCUGCCUAAUCGUUUUAGGCUAUAGCUGGGCAAUGUGUAAAAACAGACUUAAUCUUAAAACACAAGGAGGUACUAAUAAUUUUAAGGAUGUGGCUAUAAAAUACAAUUUAAGAAAUUAAAUGCAAUGAAUAAUAUUGCAUAUUUGAUACAUUGCAAACAACUAUUUUAAGAUGUUUUCAUGAUUGUGGCCUUGUAACAUUAUUAUACAAAGUCAGUAUAAGGAAUGACUAACAUUUAUACAUAGCCCAGAUAUAAUAUUAAAAGGUGUAUUGUAUAUAAUUAACAUAGCUGCCAAGUUAUCCCUUUUUUAAAGGGAUUUUCCCUUAUGCUGAAUAGGCUUCCUCAUGAGAAAAGGGAAAACUUGGCAGCUAUGAUAAUUAACCAAUUGAUUUUAGACUUCUAUAUUUUUAAGACUACAAUCUAAUCUACAAUUAGGAAUUAGAGAUUUGCCAUUGCAUUCCAUGCCCCCCCCCCGCAACCCAAUGUUAAGUACCUUUACUUCAAAGUAAAGUCAAUUGAAAUCAGUGGGUCUACUUUGAAGUAAGUGAACAUUAUAAUUGAGUUACUAAUUGAUAGUUUUUUUUUGGAAAUUUGCUAUUGAUAUAUGCUGACUUCCAUUGCACUCAAAAUACGCUGAAUAAGUCUGAAAUGUAUUUUCAGUGCAGUGUAGCUGUUUAGAUCCUUACUUGAACAUAAUCUCAUUCAUUUGCAUUUUCAGUGGAAGUAACCAACUUAGAACUAUGGUGUUGAUUAUUAGUAAGGUACCCUCACUAUUUCACUUUAGAGAAACUGAAUGAAAUUACUGAAUGGUUUCUAUCCUACUAUUAUUUCAUUUUGUUUACCAUUUUUUUAAAAAACAACAAUGGGAACUGGUAACUUUUGCAUGCGAAAUUAAUGGAAAUGCUGCUUAUUGAAGUUUGAGGCUCAUCUGCUGUGACCAAAGUGCAGUUACCAAAUCGUGCUAAUUACUUUCACAUUCUUUUUUUUUGGGGGGGGGGUAUUUUACACAUUGUAAUCAAUCAUUGUUUCAGCCUUUCAAAUUCUAGGCCAUGCUUUUAGCUGCUAACCCUAAAAUGUUUUUUUUCCUUUGCUCUUUAGAUUAGCUGAAAUUAGGAUGAAUGGUUAAAUGUUAAUGAGUUAUAGCUCAGUUCCUUCAUGCUAUGCUAAUUUAUGCAUUUUUUAAAAUGUAGCACAAUGCUUCUUCGAGUUGAAUGGUUACCACCCUCCUCUGUAAUAAAUCAUCAUCUAUCCCUCCUCCCUUCCAACCUCCAAAAUCGAAUAUUAAUAUAAUUUGAGAUUUAACUGGUGGAACAGCCAUCAGGACAGCAAUGCCCCGCAGCUGAAAUAAUAUUUAAAAUAGAAGAGAUUUGACAUUUGAUAAGUCAGUGGCUUGAAAUACCCAGUUGUACUUAGCUAAUUCAGUCCUUAACCUCUGGUUUCAAAUAAAUCAAUUACAGUCGAUUCCACUUCAGUUCAGAAGUGCAGGAGGUUUUGAGUUAAUUGAAUACAUUUUAUUCACUUGCUAGGAAUAUUCAUUUAUCCAAAUCCUUAAAUAUAAAGGAGAUUUCUUUGAUUGCCCAUGUUAAAUCUAAGUGCAUAAUCAGAUCAAGCCUUUGCUUGUUUGCUUGGAAUCGCAGAAAAUUCCAUAAUGGGUAUAUCUCGUUUUCUCUCUAACACACACACAUACAUAGGCAAGCUACGAUUUCGCUGAGUUCCACUUAAAAAAACUAUGAUGCUAGAUCACAGAAUGUGGAUUAAGUUUCAUUGAAAGCGGCUGAACCUACUCUUAAGUAAAUGUGUUUCGGGCUGAAGUUCCAAAACAUGUAUAGGAUGAAGUAGAAAAUGUGCUUGAUUCUUCAGUAUGUCAUUCGUUAGCUGGGCUGCCACUUAACUCACUGCCAAAACCAAGCUGAGGAUAAUGUAUAUCUCACGAAUAAACUCUGCCAAAAUAAAGAAGUGCCAUCGCAAAAUCCACAGACCCUCUCAGCUUGGAGUAUUAACGCCCGAAGGCUUUGCCAUUAACAACCAAGGCUCCAGUCCUGUAAGGGGGCGAAGGCCUGUUGAACUCUUGGAGACUUACUUCUGGGCGCGCAGCAGGAACAGGAUUGGGCUGUAAGGAUACAAUCCUAUCUGAAGACUGGUGGGAUUUUCUUCCAGAUCAGCACACAUAGGAUUGGGCUGCACGGUCGCAAUUCAGCUCUUUCUUGAAGCCAAAGAAACUGAAUGAAUGAAUGAAUCCCAUUGAUUUUAACGGAGGAAAACGACAGCCUAAAUAAACAGCUGAAUAUGCAUGUUUCGAGAGAGUUUUUUUAGAACAAAACCAGGAACCCUGUUUUUGGCGCAGCAGCUCGUCUAAUGGAGUUAAAGAGGCGGGAAACGAUCGCUGCCUUGAAAGACUUCCGUUUCGUCACUUCAUUCGUUAGUACUGAGCGUUGCAAUUUAGACAACUGUCAGCUUCACUACUACUAGAAUCAUGGAAUCGCAGAGUUGGAAGGGAACUACGAGGGCCAUCUAGUCCAACCCCCUCUGCAAUGCAGGGAUAUUUUGCUCAACUUGGGGCUCGAACCCACGGCCCUGAGAUUAAGAGUUUAAAAUCUAUUGAGAUUAAGCUUUAUUGAGCUAUAAGUGGAAGCAUUUGCGCAGCACUGCUUGAGCGCUCAAAGAGCUUCGCAUCCAUUAUGUGACUGGUAUUUACAACAAGUCUGCGAGGUAGGUCCUUUAUUUUUUUAUCGCCAUAUUACAGCCAAAGGAGGCAAGGCUGCGAGAUAACCAUUUGUCUAAGGCUUAUCUAGUGAAUAAAUCGAGAUUUGGACCAAGGGCUUCAGCCGCAGCUCUCCAUUAGCCUUGUCAUAAGAAACGCAGUUUGCAGCAGCAGCAACAUCUGGCUAGAUCGCCCAUACAGACAAAGCAGCCCACAACAUACGCAUGUUUGGUGUGUGCGCCCUCGUCGUGCUUACGAAUCCAUCACAGUAUCAACUCGUUUGCACGCUUUUCUACUGGCCGGGGCGGCUGAUCUCUUCCUCUGUAUCGAUCUCAUCACCUCCAUCUCUUCGCGUCGUCAUUCGCCCAGCCAGCCCUGCCGGCCGCGAUUGAGCUCUUUCGGGAUGGAAGGAAGGGGCCUCCGCGACGAAGCGUCAUUAUCCAUCACUCCCGCUUGCCUAACGUGUCCAAAGAAUAAUCAGGUUGGACAAGUGCUGGAAAACCAACAUCUGCUCCCCUUCCCACCCCACCCCGCCCGAGUUAAAGCCCCUUCCCAUUUAUCGGCCCAUUAUAGGGGGAGAAGCCGGCGAGUCUUGGGCGCAGGGGUCAGGCCACAAAGCAGAAGCAGAUCGUUAGAUCACAACUGGGGGGUGGAGAGCGCCGGGCAUGACAAAGGACUUUCCAUCAUCGCCGCUGCUGCUGGAGUUGCGACUGGAAGCGAAGCGGUUCGGGAUUACUAAUCGCUCCCCCAGCUUCUCUCUCCCCCCCCCCCCAAAACCCAAAACCCUUUAACCGUGCAGAGGUGAGAUGUUUCUCGCUGCAGAAUAGCCUCCAUCCGAUCCCCUCGCACCUGAUUUCUUACUACAAGCUAGAGGAGGAGGAGGACCGAUAGGAGGACUUCUUUGAUUGUUUCCGUGAGUCACGCUCGGUGGCUCCCGUUUAAAGAAUGGAAAACAGCCCCCCCCGCCCCCGUGAAAGAGAAGACUGGACCUUGUGCUUGUGUGCGUUUCCCACUCGCACGCCUAAAUUUCUAGGAGAAGCGAACGGCUAUUCGGACUCAACCUGGCUUCACCCGAAUUAGCUGCCCUUUUGAACGUUCAGAAAUGCUCAGGAAAUCCCUCCGAGGAACAAACAUUCUCCGCUCCAUAUCAUUUCCCCAGAACGAUGGGAUCCAGAUCCCAGUCCUCAUUCGUGAUUUUGAACAUCGAACCACCAGGCACGUCAGUUAUUUCGGAUAAACGAAUCCGGAGUCAGAUACCGGUAGCUUACGUGUGUGUGUGGGGGGGGGGGCCUUGGAAUCAGUUUGCACAGGAUUUGUCCAGACGUUUUGGAGAAAGGCGCACGAAGCUGUGUAUAAACAACGUGAUUUGUUUCUUUCCCGAGGCCAGCGAAACCAGCAAGUUCGAAACAGUGUUUCUUCUCUGUACGCAGUAAAUUAAAUAAUUAUGUUGCUUAUUUCACUCCCGCCGCACCCCCGGGAGCCUCCAAUCCUAACUAUGGGUGCAAUUACACAUCCCUCGGUCGAUUUAAACCGGAGCUGGACUCGCUUUGAGCCUCUUCUGUUAUUCCCAGGGCUGCAACCCACUGAGCUCAGUGCGACUUGCUUCAGAGUAAAAAAUGCGCCAGGAUCAGUGGUGCAUGGCGUUUUCAGUUCGAAAUUUCGAUUUCACAAGUCUAUGGAUCCAGCCAAACACCCCUCCCUCUCUUAAUAUGCUGGCGUGGCGCUAACAAUCUUGCCCCACCCCUCUCGAAAUCGGUCCCCUGUGAUGCAGAAUGGUUGGGUUGGGGGCGGGGUCAAUGCCAUAAACUCUCUGCACACAACAAGAUUAGAUCGCAGCAUCUCUGGCACGUUAGUCUAUUUUUAGUGGUCGGCGUGCCUCGUGGCCCAGAUUGCUUUCGCUCCAUAGAUUAUGUCAAAGCACUCUGCACUACAUCCUAGGGUACCGCUGCUCAGCGGCACAGCUCACCUCCUUGAUGCAGGAAUUCCCAGAUCCAGUCCUUAACAUCUUCAAUUCAAAGGACUGGGUGGUGCCGUUGAGCCUCGCCUGAGACGCUGGAGAAUUGCAGCCAGUUCAAGUAGGCUACGCAUAACAGCCUGACUUGGGACAAGGUAGGCGAAUGUCGCGAAGGAUUUGGGUCGCCAGCUUCAGAGUUUACUGAAAUCUAAUGUCGGACAGAGAGGAUACAAGCAGGUGCAGCAUGGACCAGCUCUUGCCAGAAAGUAAAAUAAAGACCCAACACCAUUCACACCUGAGGAAACAGAACUUUUUACAUGGUCCAAGCCUAUUUCAUUCUCUUUGUGCUGCAUCUAAAAGAAGAAAACCAUCAGCACGCUGAAUUUUGAACAGGAAAUGGCCUUUAUAGAACCGUUUCCUUAAAGUCUCGGAAAAAAACAAGGCCUGGAAAAUAGCCGGGCUGCAGAUACUUUUAGAAACGUGUUUUAUAUAAUCACCAGCCCUAGAAGAAGGAAGAACUUCAGAGAUCCCCUACUUAGAACUACAGAAUCUCUGAAAAUUUUCUUAGACUGCUCUCUGCAUUAUGUGCAAACCUUACAUUACAUUAAGAUUAAUUUUUAAAGUUUUUUAAAUUGAUUUUUCAUUGUAUACAAAUAAUGAAAUAAACUUAAUAUGUAUGUUUGUAUGUUUUAAAAAUUGUAUUUUUGGGGAAAACCCUGCCCCCCCCCGACUUAAAUCAUCGCGAUACUUGCAUUUGUAAACUAUUGUUCUAAUAAUGAUGCAUAGGAACUUUGGAUAUCUUACUUUUAUUCCAAGCAAUCAAGUACAGGAGAAAGAUUUCUUAAGGAUGAAGUAAAUUUCAACGAGUUCAAUGAGACCGAACCCCUAGUUACAUCUUUAACAUGAGCAGCAAUCCAGCCAAAACGAAGUCCUAGAAAACCUCAUUGAUUUUAAUGGGAGUGUUAAAUUUCUGCCAUUGAAAUCAGUGGGACUGGAAGG